UGUUGUCCGCCGUGCUGUCCCUCCACGAUUAGGUCUUCUUCAUUGCUGUCCGCCGGCUUAUGCCCUUCCCCUUCGUCUCCGUCGCCGUCUCCGCCGAUUCUGAGUUCCGAUUCCGAGUUCCUGACCGCCGAUUCUGAGUUCCGCUUCGUCUUCGUCAACGGUGAGGAGUGUUGAGAGAAUUGGCAAAUAAAGUAUUGUUUGAGUUAUUAAAAGAGCUCCUAAUCAUAACACCGGGCACAACCUCCCAUGUAGUGCUAUGUAUCAUAGCUGUUGGGGUGAGUGGAGUUAGCACUCGUGCAUUUGGAAGCUUGGAGGAGGAGGAGAGAUUUCCAGAGCUCUCUCUCAGCUUCUUCUUCUUCUUCCUUCUUGUUGAUUUCUUCAAUUCCUCCAUUGUUGCAUGCAAGCUUAAGGUUUGUUCUUGCUCCUCUCCUCAAAGCUUGCUUCUCCCUUGGAUCUUGUUGUUGUUGGACAGCAAGUGUGCAACCAGUGGAGCUCCUCCAGCUUUGUAUCACCUUCUUCAAGAGGGUGCUAGCUGUGCUUUGAAGAAGGGUUCGGUUGCAGCUCGGGCGUGGACAAACUAGGACCUCCACAUUUGAGUAGGUGGGCUAGUCACCUAGCUUGCAGGUUCGUUGGAGCUUCUUCGUGGACAACCGGCAGCAACAAAUCUUUCUUAGAGUUCUUGUUGCCAAUUUAUGCUAUUCCAGAAUGGUGUGGUGUAGUAGCUGUGCCAAAAAUUGUGAGAGGCCCGCAUUGUAUGAAGGUUUCUUAUGUUGUCCUCUAUGUGGAAGAGUUAUUGAUCAGGACAAUUUUUCAAAUGAACCAACAUUUGUUAAAAAUGCUGCUGGACAGAGCCAAUUGGCAGGAAAUUUUGUAAAGACUGUCCAAAGUGACUAUUCAGCUUCGCGGGAAAGGAUAUUGAGGACUGCUUAUGAUGAUAUGAACAACUUGGCAAGAGGCUUGGAAAUGGAUGAUGCUGAUAUUGUUCUUCGUCCAGCUGUAGCCUUCUAUACAAUUGCCCUUGAACGAAAUUUCACUAGGGGGCGCAGGAGGGAGCUAGUUGAGGCUGCUUGCCUUUACAUUGCUUGUCGGGAAAAUAAAAAGCCGUUUCUUCUUAUUGAUUUCUCAGACUUCUUGAAAAUAAAUGUAUAUGUUCUAGGUGGCACAUUCUUACAACUAUGCAAAUUGCUAAGCCUUGAGGAGCACCCCAUUGUUCAAAAACCUGUAGACCCUAGCCUUUUCAUUCAUAGAUUUGCCAACCGAUUAGUUGGAGAUGGUUACAUGGCAGUUUCCAAGACUUCACUUCGCAUUAUAGCUAGCAUGAAGCGAGAUUGGAUGCAGACAGGGAGAAAACCUAGUGGUUUAUGUGGGGCAGCAUUAUACAUAUCUGCACUUUCACAUGGUUUCAAGUGCACCAAAUCAGAGAUUGUACGAACUGUUCAUAUUUGUGAAGCAACAUUGACAAAGCGGUUGAUUGAAUUUGAAAAUACGGAGUCAGGAGGCUUGACGAUUGAGGAGUUCAACACAAAGGCAGAGGAGCUUGAAAGAGAGUGUGGCCCAACCAAACAUCCAGAUACUGGGUUUAAAAUGUGUGGGGCAAAUGAAUUGCUUUGUGAACAUAAGGGCAGUGGGAAAGCCCCUUUUGCUCAUGGGCUUUGUGAAUAUUGCUAUGAUGAUUUCGUAAAACUUUCUGGAGGGCUUGAUGGAGGAUCAGAGCCUCCAGCUUUUCAGCGUGCUGAGUGGGAGAGAAUGAUGAAAGAAGCUGCUCAGGAAAAUGUUGAUGUUCCAACUGAAGGUCUGAAAGACAGAGUGGACUUGGACAUGCCAAAAAAUGGAAACGAAGAGGAGCAUUUUUCCAGAUCUGCUAGCAAGGACCCUGCUACUGAUGACGCGGCUGUUAAUGAGGAUACUUGUGAUAAAUUCAACGGAGUUGAUGGCAUGAGUAAUAUUGCUGAUGAUGAACCGGAAAAUUUUUCUGAUAUUGAUGAUACUGAGGUUGAUAGCUACCUUCACAAUGAGCAGGAGAAACAAUACAAAAAGAGAAUCUGGGAAGAAAUGAACAAGGAGUAUAUACAGGAGCAAGCUGCUAAGGAAGCAGCUGCAGCAGCUGCCAAGAAAGCUUAUGAGGCAAAUUUUCACAACUGUCCAGAGGAAAUGCAAGCUGCUCAGGAGCUUGCUGCAGCUGCUGCUGCAGCUGUGGCAAAAUCUAGAAAGGAGCGGCAACAGAAACGAGCUGCAGAAGCCAGGAAUUUGGGUCCUGCUCAAACUGCUGCAGAAGCCACCCUCCAAAUGUUAACUAAGAAGAGACUCAGUUCAAAAAUCAACUAUGACGUACUGGAGAAACUUUUCGAUGAUCCUCAGGAGGUUCCCCAGAAAGCCGAAAAAAGCAGAACUGAAUCAUCACAUUCUGAUGAUGAUGAACUGCCACACAUUACCAAAAACGGUACUGAGUCAAAGCAUGAUAGAAAAGAUAGUGAAUGGGGGGCACCCGAAGAUGAAUACGAGGAUGAAGGGGACAUUGAGCAAGCACAUGACAGCAAUUCGUACUAUGAAAAUUUAGGAGGAUAUGACUAUGAUGACGACUUUGAUUGUGAUGGGUUCUGAAUGUCAUAACGAAGAAAGAUGAAUCAUAGUCUUUCCCCUUUCAUCUGGAAGGAGCUUCUAAGUGCCUGAAGAGCGAAAGAGCAAAUGGAUGUUAAUUUGUUUCGGCUCAGCGUGGUGCAUUGUGCUCCCAUACUUGACGUAUCAAAGCCAUCCCUUUUUCAAUGCACUGUGAAAAUCUUAUGGGGAUUUAGACAUAUGUAUAUAACUUGUAUUAGUAAAAUUCAAAUUAUUCUGUGGGGGUGAUCUGUCAGAGGGGACAUAAAUACAUGAAAGUUUUAAAUUCACGUAGCCGACCUUGUGGACCUCACAUUGUGAGAUAAAUACUGCUGUUGUUGUUGGUGAACUGUCAGGGAGAAAAAGGACAUUACUAUUAUUUGUUUGCUUUCAUUUUAUAAACUUGUAUCCAAUUAUCUCAUUAAUGUUUAUUUACAUUUUAUAGUGA